AAUAUUAACGUGUUUUACAGCUUACACCGUUGUCUGUUACUAUAUAUAGGAUUAUUGUAAAAUGCCGCGAGGACGACGAAGCUCACCGUCUCCAAUGAGAAGGCCAGCCCCCGAACGAAGCUAUCGCCCCCCACCCCCCACAAGACAACCAGCUCCUGCCCCCCCUACACAGAUGGCGGCCCCAGCCUCCCAGGGACCAGGUAUGAUGGGACAAAUCGCUGGCACAGCAGCUGGGGUGGCCAUAGGGUCAGUGGUUGGUCAUGGAGUCAGUAGUGCUUUGUUUGGUGGGCAUGGUAGUAGCGAAAGCAAACCAGAUGUGACAUACCAGGAACAACAACCACAACAGUUUCAACAACAACCACAAGUGUGUAGUUGGGAACUACAACAAUUUCUUGCUUGUGCGCAAAACCAAGGCGAUAUUUCACUUUGUGAAGGGUUUAACGACGCGCUUAAACAAUGUAAAAGGAACUAUGGCGUUGCAUAAAGUUUGACUCGAAAUUGCUCUUGUAUUAUAACAAUUUCACAUAAUUAUUUUUCUUUGGUGUUCUUAAGAGAUUGGCCAUGUACUUCUGUACAAAUGGAAUAAAAUAACAAAUUUUGCCAAACUAUAAUGGAAAUUGUAUUACUCACGGUUUUGAAAUAAAUGUAUCUUGAAUA